AUGCCUUGUUCGAGCAUUGUCUCAGCUCCCUCCUGCGCGUUCCCCUUUCGCUCAACCUCCGCUUCUACUUCUUCCAUCACUCCGACUGCGAUAUUGCUCACUAAACGGACUUGGAAGCCUCGAAUCGAGACCGCAAGUUUGAGAAAAUCCGUAGUGAGAGCCACCGUGUCGAUAGAGAAAGAGACGCCGGAGGCGGAGCGUCCCGAAACGUUUCUCAGAGGAGUGGACGAGGCCCAUUCUUCGUCCUCCGUGCGGGCCCGGUUCGAAAAGAUGAUUAGGGAGGCACAGGACAAUGUGUGCAGUGCCCUCGAGGCCGCUGAUGGUGGGGCCCAGUUCAAGGAGGACGUUUGGUCCAGGCCCGGUGGCGGCGGUGGCAUCAGCAGGGUUCUUCAAGAUGGCGCCGUUUGGGAGAAGGCUGGCGUUAAUGUCUCUGUCGUUUAUGGUGUUAUGCCAGCUGAUGCUUAUCGUGCUGCCAAGGGUGCUCCUACCGAUCAAAAACCUGGUCCUGUGCCGUUCUUCGCUGCUGGAAUCAGCUCCGUUUUACACCCAAAGAACCCGUUUGCCCCUACGUUACAUUUCAAUUAUCGAUAUUUUGAAACCGAUGCUCCUAAAGAUGCUCCUGGAGCACCUAGACAAUGGUGGUUUGGUGGGGGAACUGACCUGACACCAGCUUACAUUUUUGAAGAGGAUGUUAAACACUUUCACACAGUUCAAAAACGUGCUUGUGACAAGUUCGAUCCUACUUUUUACCCCCGAUUCAAGAAAUGGUGUGAUGAUUACUUUUAUAUCAAGCAUCGAGGUGAAAGAAGAGGUCUUGGAGGGAUAUUUUUUGAUGAUCUGAACGACUAUGAUCAGGAGAUGCUCCUUUCCUUUGCUACUGAAUGUGCAAAUUCUGUUAUUCCUGCUUAUUUACCUAUCAUAGAGAAAAGGAAGGAUUUGCCCUUCACGGAACAUCAGAAAGCAUGGCAACAAUUGCGAAGGGGACGAUAUGUUGAAUUCAACUUGGUAUAUGAUAGGGGUACAACAUUUGGACUGAAAACUGGAGGCAGAAUAGAGAGUAUUCUUGUUUCUCUCCCACUUACUGCUCGGUGGGAAUAUGAUCAUAAACCAGAAGAAGGAAGCGAAGAAUGGAAACUCUUGGACGCGUGCAUUAACCCCAAAGAAUGGAUCUAA